AUGGAUCCCAAUGCUGAUACUGAGUGGAAUGAUGCUCUUCGUGCGGCAGGAGUGCUGCCUCCUAAAGAACCCGAUGUAGAAGAGGUACUUGACGAUGCAUUGGUGGAUUCCAUGAAGAUGGCUCACGACCAUCGUCUCGAUAAAAAAACCCUGGAUGAGUUGGAUGAAUUGGAAGAUGAGGAGGAUGAUGAGUUCUUGCAAAUGUACCGGCAGAAACGCAUGCAGGAAUGGCAACAAACUGCUCGUGCAGCCAAGUUUGGCCGCGUGUAUCCUAUUUCUAAACCCGACUACACCAAGGAGGUGACGGAGGCCAGCAAGGAGGUGUUUGUCGUUGUCCAUAUGUUCCAGGAUUACAUUCCGGCUUGCAAGUUGUUGAAUGCUAUUCUCGACAAGCUGGCUGCCACGUACCCAAAGGUGAAGUUUGUUAAGAUUCCCGGACAACAUGCCGUAGAGAACUACCCGGAUGCAAUGAUGCCCACGCUACUUGUUUAUGGCCACGGUGACUUACAAAGACAAUUGCUUACGCUCAUGACCGUGGGUGGAAUGUCUGCAAAGCCUAUUGAUAUUGCUCGGUUUUUGGUGAGUACAGGUGCUUUGGAAGAGUCGGAUCUGAAGCUUUUGCAGAACGAGAAGCAAGACGGCGAUUCUGAAAGCAGUGAGGAUGAUCCUGAAAGCGAUUUUGACUAA